AAAAAAAAAAAAAAAAAACCGCUCGAUAUAUCGCCCACCUCCCCAAAACAAAACAAAAAAUCACUCGAUCAAAAAGGUUCCGCCCUAACGUCUCACCCCUGCCGCCGACCCCAGCCCGGCGCCAUCCCUUCCCUUCCGGCCGCUCGCCGAACGCCAUCGGAAGCCCCUGCGAGGCCACAUCAAAGGUCGGGUUCUUUGCUCUUCAGAAAUCAGAACCCUCCUCGUCGCCUCUUCCGCUUCCGCUUCCGCUUCCGCUUCCGCUCUCCAACGGUGGAUCGGUAAUCUGGUGGUUCUUUACAAACCAGGACUGAAUAUGCAUAAAACUAAGCUAAUAAAAGAACCUAUGAAGGAAUCAAGAAGGACAGUUUUUCCUGAUGAUAAGUGGGCAACAGGCGCUUCAUCAUCAUCCUCUUCGGGGCUCUCUGCUGAAGAAUAUAUUGAUUCUGCUGUUCCGGAGGACUAUGAUGUUGGGGAUUUGUCAGUAUUUGACAGUUUGUUGAAGGCAUUGGCAUCGGAUAAGAAGAAACUCAAGGCCUUGGACCGAAAGAGACAAAGAGAACAAGAGGGUAGAAAAGUUGAGGCAGGCAGACAGCGCACUCUAAAAUCUGCCAAAUUGUAUGAGGAAGAAGAUGUUGGUAAAGAAGGUAGUAGUGAAUCUAGUCUGGCAGAUAAUGCAGGAGAUGAUCUACAGGGAGACCAGGUAGCCGAUGCUUUGGACCUGUCUGAGGAUGAUGACACAGAAAAUGAGGAUGAAGCCUCGGAUGGAGAUGAAUCAGAACAGCAAGAUGGCCUUCAGGAUAUUGCUAAUGGAAAGGAGAGCUCAAGUUUUUAUCGUCACUUGGGGCAUAUUCUUACAAAGGAAGAGGCCAAUGAGUUGAUGAAACAGAAAUGGACGUUUAAAUGGGAGUUGCCUGCUGGUGACAUGCAAAUGUCCAAAUGGGUGGGGACAGGAGAACCAAUUUCGAAGGAACAUGGCAGCAAUAUAGCUUGUGAGCUCAAGGAUAAGUUGUACAACCAUUGGCAAAAUAUCUACAAGACUUCUAGAUCCAAUGAUUUUAACUCUUCUAGGGAAAGUUUCUUCUUUUCACUUUGCAGCACUUAUCGAGACAUUAUGCAUUGCAACAAGAGGCCAUUCUAUCUCAAAGGCAGCAAAGAGGAUUCAAGUAUUAUGGACGCAUAUAUUAUGCAUGCUUUAAAUCAUGUUUAUAGGACAAGAAAUCUUGUGCUUAAAAAUGAUGCAAAAAUUUCCAAACACGGAGAACUUAAAGAGGAAGAGAUUCUAUGUGAUGAUUGCUAUCUUGAUCAAGGUUUUACUCGUCCAAAGGUUGUUAUUUUGUUGCCACUUGCAAGUAUUGCAUUACGUGUCGUGAAGAGGCUAAUUCAGCUUACUCCGCUCUCAAGCAGGGCCAAUGUGGGGCAUCUCAAUCGUUUUACUGAAGAAUUUGGAGCCGAGGAUGUUGAAGAUGCUGAUGAUGAGGAUGAGAAUUCAAAAUCUAAAAAGCAUCCAAAACCGGCGGACUUUACAGCCCUAUUCAAUGGAAAUAACAAUGAUCACUUUGUGCUGGGGAUAAAGUUUACCAAGAGAACCAUAAAACUGUACAGUGACUUUUAUUCUUCAGACAUAAUUGUUGCAUCUCCUCUUGGAUUGGUCACUAAAAUCGGGGAAACCGAGUUUGAUAAGGAGAAAGAUGUCGAUUACCUAUCGUCAAUUGAGGUUGUGAUCGUAGAUCAUGCAGAUGUAAUAUCCAUGCAGAAUUGGGUCCAUGUGAAUACCGUCUUUGAACAUCUAAAUCGUACACCAUUGAAACAGCAUGGUACCAAUAUGAUGCGCCUUAGACCAUGGUAUCUGGAUGAGCAUGCACGUUUUUAUCGGCAAACAAUUCUUCUGGGUUCAUAUCUUAAUCCAGAUAUGAAUGCUCUGUUCAAUCGAUUUUGCGUUAAUUAUGAGGGGAAGGUAAAACUGUUAACUGAGUUCAAAGGUGUUCUUCCUAAGAUACUCCUCCAAGUACGGCAAGUUUAUAAGCGAUUUGAUGUGUCCUCAAUAAUUGAUGCUGAUGAUGCCCGUCUUGAUUACUUUUGCAAGAAGGUUUUUCCGAAGAUUAGGGAUUCUAUUGAGGGUGGAGUCUUGCUAUUUAUUAGCUCAUACUUUGAAUUUGUCCGCAUAAGGAACUUCUUGAAAUCUCAGAAUGCUUCUUUCUGUUUGCUUGGGGAGUACACAAAGCAAAGUGAUAUAUCUCGUGCACGCAUUUGGUUUUUUGAAGGCAAGCGAAAGAUCAUGCUGUACACUGAAAGGGCUCAUUUUUACCAUAGAUAUAAGAUUCGUGGGAUAAAGAAUUUAAUCAUUUACUCUCUUCCGGAGAGGAAGGAGUUCUAUCAUGAGAUCAUCAAUGCGCUUGAUGGAACCAACAUGAUGUGCAGUGUCCUUUUCUCCCGUUUUGAUCAGCUUAAGUUGGAAAGAAUAGUGGGAACUUCUUCGGCCAAAAGAAUGCUGUCCUCAGAUAAAGAUAUGUUUGUGUUUUGUUGAGACCAGGAGCUGCGAUCAGAUAAACUUAUGUAGAGUAUCUGUGGGUCAAUUCAUUACCUACAGAGAUGCAAUUUUGUAACUUUAUUCAUAAUUAUAAUUAGAGACUUGUCAAGAACGGCAGGAAUAUUCUUGUCCUAAAUAUUUGUGUUCCGCUAACAAAUGCUUCUAAAUUUACUAAAUUAUCUGCGUAAUUUGAUGGCCUAGAAGGUAUUUAUUGAGUAA